AUGUCUGAAGAAUCUGUUCAUUUAUUAGGCCAGGGUGCUGGAUAUGGUGUCUUGGUAGGUGUUGGUGCUGCAUUUGCUAUCGGGAUGAUCAUUACAACAAAACUAUUACAAAGAUAUCUUCAUGAAGAUGCAAAUAGUACUGAAACCUUUUCUGUCGCAAAUCGUUCAGUUGGGUUGUUUCUCUCAGCUUCGGCAGUGUAUUCUAGUUGGACAUGGGCAACAGAAUCUUUAUGGGUUGGACUGAUGACUUAUAAUUAUGGUAUCCAAGCUUCUUAUUAUUAUGGUGCUGGGUUAUGUAUUCAAAUAGCUGUCAUGUCAUUGAUUGGUAUUCAUGCCAAAAAGAAAAUACCAACUGCACACACCAGUUUAGAAGCUGUUAACAUACGUUAUGGAAAAUUUGCUCAUAUUUUGUAUUUGAUCUUGUCUUUGAUUUGCAACAUCUUUAGUGCAUCAGGAAUGAUUCUUGGCGCAGCCGGUGCUAUUUCAAUCAUAGCUGGAAAUUUACAUAUUGUUGCUGCUACUAUGUUAAUUCCAUUUGGAGUUUUGUUGUAUACUGUCAUCGGUGGUUUAAAGGCGACAUUCUUGACUGAUUUCAUCCAUACAACUGUUUUGCUUAUCAUUUUCUGCUACUUAAAUACUAGUGUCUUGUCAUCGGAACAAAUCGGUGGUUUGAACGGUUUGUACAAUAAGUUGCUUGAAGCUUCAAAGUACAGGUACAUUGAAGGUAAUUAUGAAGGCUCUGUUCUCACAGGUAAGUCACAAGGGGCGGUUAUUUUUGGCUUGAUCUUGACUUGUGGUAACUUUGGGUUAACUGUGAUGGAUUCGUCAUUCUGGCAAAAAACUUUCUCAGCUUCUCCAAGAGCCACAGUUCCUGCUUAUCUCCUUACUGCUGUCUUUAUUGUGUCAAAUGUUUUCCCCAUUGGUGCUAUCUGUGGUGGAGCGCUGAUUUUCCUCGAAAGCGAUCCAUCAUUUCCAACAUAUCCUAGAAAAAUGACUGCCUUUGAAGUUGGUUCAGGAUUUGUGAUACCAUAUGUGUUGAAAGCUACGUUGGGUAACGGAGCAGUUGGGGCAAUACUCUUGGUAAUAUACCUUGCAGUGACCUCUACUUUGUCAGCUCAAAUGGUGUCGGUGUCAUCUAUUGUUUCAUUCGACAUCUACAAAAGAUAUAUCAACCCUCAAGCGCGGAAUAAAUCUAUGAUAACUGUUUCACAUAUUGCCUGUGUUGUCUUUGGUUUUGGUAUUGCUGGGUUUAGCGUAAUGUUACAUUACGUCAAUGUAAACAUGACGUUAUAUGGAUAUGCUGGUCCAAUCUUUAUUACACCUGGUGUGAUACCUCUUCUCUUCACCAUUACUUGGAGUAGACAAACUUUCUGGGCGGCUUUUAUUUCUCCAAUAGUUGGUUUAGGUGCUGGUAUUGCUGUAUGGUUAACUACUGCGUCUCAUUACUAUGGUGCAAUCAAUAUUGAAUCUCUUGGUGGCCAAUUGCCUGCAUUGUAUGGUGGUUUAACUGCCUUGUUACUACCUGGUGUUACAGUAUAA